GAUUCGAAAGGAGCCCCGCCCCCUGAAGGCCGAUUCCCGGGACCAGGUUGUGGGAGGAAAACCUCUUCUGUGGAAGAUAAGGCGGCUCGGGAAGUGGAAACUGAGGGUGGGCUACAGGUCUAAGCUGAUUCUUGUUCCUGCCGGCUGGACAUGGAGGAUUUGGAGGAAGAUGUAAAGUUUAUCGUGGAUGAGACCUUGGACUUCGGAGGGCUGUCACCAUCUGACAGUCGUGAGGAGGAAGACACAGCAGUGUCGGUGAGUCCAGAGAAACCACUCCGACGGGGCCUCUCCCACCGAAGUGACCCAAAUGCAGUGGCCCCUGCCUCCCAGGGUAUGAGGCUCAGCUUAGGCCCCCUCAGCCCAGAGAAGCUGGAGGAGAUCCUCGAUGAGGCCAACCGGCUGGCUGCUCAGCUGGAGCAGUGUGCUCUGCAGGAGCGGGAGAGCGCAGGUGAGGACCCAGCACCUCGCCGCCAAGUGAAGCCCAGCCCUCGGCGGGAGACCUUUGUACUGAAGGACAGCCCUGUCCGAGAUCUGCUGCCCACUGUGAACUCUUUGGCUCGGAGCAACCCCUCCCCAAGCAGCCUGACACCUCGACUCCGGAGCAGCGAUAGGAAGGGGUCUGUCAGGGCUCUUCGGACAACAUCUGGAAAAAGGCCCUCCAGCAUGAAGAGGGAGUCACCCACUUGCAAUCUGUUCCUUGCGUCCAAAAGCCCAGCAUCUUCUCCUCUUGCCCGAUCAACUCCUCCAAUCUGGAAGAAAGCUGGGCCCAGUGGGAGAGCAGCAGCAAGCCCACCUACUCCUGUCAGACCCAGCCUGGCCCCACAGCCUUCUACCAGCAACUCUCAACGUCUGCCCUGGCCAAAGGGAGCAGCUGCUAAAUCUUCCAGUCAACUGCCUCCGUCAGCCAUCCCUAGGCCUGCUGGCCGAAUGCCACUUACCAGCCGGAGUGUACCACCCAGCAAAGGUGCCCUACCUCCAGACUCUCUGUCAACUCGGAAAGGGCUUCCAAGACCAAGUGUUGCAGGGCAGAGAGUUCCUGUUUCCCAGCGACCAAAUCUUCCUGUCAUGGGUGCUACUCGAAGCAGUCUGCAGCCCCCCAGGAAGGUUGCAGUCCCAGGACCUACCAGGUAAAGAGAUCAGGACAGCAAGCAAGAAUUCAGUAGCAAACCACUACAGUCACUGCCUGGACUCGCCUCCACCCAGCAGGCCCUGCCUCCAGCAAAUUCUGGCCUGAGGACAGGAGGAAGAGAUGCUGCCAGAGCUGGUCCCCCAGGAGUAGAGACCCUGGGAGUUGGGGUGGAUUAGGGUUGAGCUGGAGAAGACUUAAACUCUCUGGGUUGAAAGAAGAUUAGGGAAAAAGAGGUCACCUUCCAGCAGGGAAAUUAGCAAACAGAAAAUGAGAAAUGCAGGCAAGUGGCUUGUCCUCAUCCACCCCUACUUUUGUGGCCAGCCCCAGGGAGUUUGAUCUUCUUCCCAGGCAUUGGUUCACUGGACAUUUACAUGUGAAUGGCCUCUGUGGCUAACCUCCCUGCUCUCUGAGGAGCCCUCUUCCUGAAUCAUCCUCUACACUGGACUCAGGCCCAUUUAGAGAGGCAGAAACAGGCAUUUGAUCUCCAGAACUUGUUUCCUGUGAAUUCUGUGACCCUUAACAGGCCAGUCUGUGAUAAGCUUACUCCAUCAGUCUUCCUUUUUCUAAAAUAAAAUGAAUGUAUUUUUA